CAAAGACACGCGAUUCGCGUAAAUCCGUGCGCGUCCCCCUCCCUUCCGUGCCCCGCCCGCGUCGGGACAGAGCGUGCAGAGCAGCUUAGAAUCGGGGACGCGCUCUUUCCCUCCCUUACUGUAUCGAUGAAGUUUUUCAAAGAUGGCGGAUUUCCUGCCGUCCCGGUCCGUCUUAUCGGUGUGUUUUCCGAAUUGUUUGCUCACCAGCGGUGAAGCCGAGCAGUUACGCAUCUCGAAGGAGAUCGACAAGUGCAUUUCUCGGGAUAAAACGUAUGUGAAACGGUUAGUUAAGAUUCUGCUGCUGGGUGCCGGCGAGAGCGGCAAGUCGACUUUCCUCAAGCAGAUGCGCAUCAUUCACGGGCAGGACUUCGACCAGCGGGCCAAGGAAGAUUUUCGGGCUACAAUCUACAGCAACGUUAUUAAAGGGAUGCGAGUGUUGGUUGAUGCCAGAGAAAAGCUUCAUAUUCCUUGGGGUGACCCUGCUAAUCAAGUUCACGGAAGAAAGAUGAUGGAAUUUGACACCAGGUCCGCAAUGAUGAUUCAGGGAUUGGUAGAAACCAAGGUAUUCACAGCACAUCUACCAUCUAUUAGGGCUCUAUGGGCAGACAGCGGAAUUCAACAUGCAUAUGACAGACGGAGAGAAUUUCAGCUGGGUGAAUCAGUAAAAUAUUUCUUGGACAAUUUGGAAAAACUAGGACAGCCGGACUAUCUUCCAUCUCAGCAAGAUAUACUGUUGGCCAGAAAGCCCACCAAAGGAAUCCAUGAGUACGACUUUGAGAUCAAGAAUGUUCCCUUUAAGAUGGUUGAUGUGGGUGGACAGCGAUCAGAGAGGAAACGGUGGUUUGAAUGUUUUGAUAGCGUCACAUCCAUUUUAUUCCUUGUUUCAUCCAGUGAAUUUGAUCAGGUGCUGAUGGAGGACCGACAAACCAACCGCCUUACUGAGUCUCUAAAUAUUUUUGAGACAAUAGUCAACAACCGUGUGUUCAGCAAUGUUUCUAUCAUUCUCUUCCUAAAUAAGACGGACCUGCUAGAGGAGAAAGUAAAAAUUGUGGAUAUCAAGGACUAUUUCCCAGAGUACACUGGGGAUUCUCACAGCUUGAAUGAUGUUCAGAAGUUCUUGGUGGGGUGUUUCCAAAGCAAGCGCCGGGACCAGCAGCAGAAGCCACUAUAUCAUCACUUCACCACUGCCAUUAAUACAGAGAACAUUCGUUUGGUAUUCCGUGAUGUCAAGGAUACUAUCCUGCAUGACAACCUCAAGCAGCUUAUGCUACAGUGAUACUCAGCUGGGACUUUGUUUUUAUUUCGUUUAAUCUUUUUAUUAAAAUUUUAAUGGCAAUUUUGGCAUGGUUAGCAGGGAAUAAGUACAAUUCCUUUCGGACUUAAUAUUGUAGUGGCUAAACAUUGCAAUUUUUAACUUGCCAAAUAUCUGAUAAAACACACCCUGCCUAUCCAUUAUUUUAUUUCCUUUUAAUACUUUUCCUUGUGCAGUUAUGUCAAUCUUUAACACCGAAAUUCAGGAUUAUUAGUUUAUAUUUACUAACUUAAUGUUCAGGCUAAAUAAACAUGUUUUGGACAUGGCAGGUAAAUGGUUAUUGUAACAAAAUAGCUCAACUUGUUUAGAGCAGAGCCCUUGUUUUUCUAUUUUUGAGCCUUGAAUACUGUUGGGUCUUGUUGGAGUUUGAAGUUAUAAAUACUGCAAGCCUUAUUGUGCCAAGCAUGUAAUCGCUCUUUGCUUAUAUUUUUAUUUUAAUGUGCAGUCUUUUUAAUGAUUUUAAGUUAUAUAGUAAAGGUUUACAAUGCUUGCCUUUUGGUUUAUUUUUACUAGUGAACUUAAGGGUAAGGAGCUACAAUUUGCUGGCAAACUCACAUGCACAAAGCUAAUACUUAAACAGUAAUCUGUAGUGCCAAGCAGUACAGUAGCUAAAUUAUCUGUUUUUUAUCUCAGGGUUUGAAAAUAAACCACUUUUGUGUGUGUGUGUUCUUGAAAAAUACUUUGGAUUGCACCUUAAUAUCCUUUAAAUACAAACAUCGCAGACCAACAGCGAUAAUCUAUCCAGAUGGUUUUCUUAUACCCGUUUUUAGUAACUAAUGUAUUCUCAUUUAUUAAUCCCUUUAGCAACUGAAGUUAAUGUUUAUAUACUUUUUUCAACUGAUUACUGUAUUUGUAUGUGCCCUUUUUAUUACAGUGGUGAAUGCCAGCUUUAAAAUGUUCCUUAAAAUAUGCUGAAAGAACCACUGCUCAAAUUUCUCCAACAGCUAGUUUAUAAUGGCACCAAAAAGCGAUCAAAAAUACAUCACAUAAUAUGUGGAUUAAACUUUGAGACAUAAACUGAUUCUUUCUCCUGGUUUUUACACUUCUCAGAUGCAGUUUUAUCCUAACAUAUGUAUGAGGCAUGGAUUUUGGAUUGACAAACAUGCAUGUUUAACUACUUGAAUUCCUAUUCCGUGCUUUUUUUUUUUUUUUGUUGUGGGCUGCCUAGAUACUUUGGUUCAGUGGAAAUUAUGAUAUACCAAAACAUUGUUUUCCUGGUUUUUUUGGUCAUUGGCUUUUAUAUAAAAUGACCUUGGCCAUUACUACCUUAACUUUUUUUUUCAGUGCUUUAAAAGCUGACCUUAUUUCUUUUAGUAAAUUGCAGCUGUAUACAGUACUGUUUUAUUUUUGUUUAAUUGGGUAAUGGGACUUCAAAUUAAAUUUUAAGGAGUUGAUACAUGAGUGUUUUUUUUUUUUUUUUUUUUUGUUAUAAAUUUUAAAGCUCAUCAUGCACUAAACUGUGACCACUCUGUAAUUUUAGGAUAACUAUCCCAUAGUCAGAAAUUUGCCUGCUUUUCUGUCAUACAAGUUCCAAUCCACGUAUGCACAAAUUCUAGUUGUUAUUGCAUAGAAUAAGAAUGUCAUUUUUGACCCUAACCAAAAUGUAACUGACCUGAAUUUUUGUUUAAUCUGGAUUUGUGUGAAACUUUGCUGUACAUGAAAACCUGCUGUUUUUCCACUAACAGGACUUUCCUUUCUUGCACAUACUGUGCCAUUUUGAAUAACAGGACUUUUUAAGUUAUUUGCAGAAGUACUGACUGUAUUCAGUCUGCAAAUCAGACAGUGUUCCAAGCUGGCACUUUUUGUUAUUUUCCGCAGCUACAUUAAAUAAGCAUAAUGUGAAAACAGAAGUCUUAAUGUUUCUAACUCACCUUUUAAUACUUUCAGCAGAUGCAUGUUAUAUCUUUGCUUCUGAUUGGUGUUAUUGCUAUUCUUUAGGAGUCCUUUUAUUUUAUAGACCAAAUAAGAUAUAAAAAAAAAAAAAAAUUGGUGGUGGGUUGUUGUGGUAGAUUUUAUUUUUUCCCUUCCUCCACACUGUAACAAUGUUUUUGUUAUGUAAUAAUUAUCUCACGUUUAGUCCAACACCUGUGGUGAAAUUGACACACGAAAUAAAUGUAGCAGGUACUGGCUCUGCUGAGUAAUGUUUGAAACCUUUAAUGCAGUCCCAUGCUUGGCUUGUUGCUCCUUUUUUACUUUAUGGAUAACUGCAUCUUUUAUUAAUGUAUAAUUGAUGAUAUAAAAUGUAAAAAGUCCUUUUUAAAAUAUGCUUAAAUUAUGAUUCUGCUUUUCCAGUCUCAUUUUGCAGUAUAGACUGGUCUAACAUAAGCAGCCUCUUGGAAGCAAGUUAUUAGUAUCAUUGUGAUUUUAUGUUUGUAAAUCUAACGAUCUCUAAAAGCAUUCACCUUGAGCCUCAUAAUCUAUAACAGUGCUGCUGUGCGUUUGUCAUCUCAGUCUCCUGUAGUAUGGUGGCUGUUAUCCAAAAAGUAUUUUUUGAAAUUAACUGUUUGUAAACUACAAGCAUUUAUCAAAAACUUCUGUUGGGCAACAGUGCAGAUUUAUAUAAAGUAUGAUAUCCCUACAGAUGGAAAAUGGGAAAUGAAUGCAAGGCCAAGAAUGACUAUAGAUACUUAUGUUAAGAGAUUGUUUAACUGGAUCUUAGUUUCUGCCACAUUUAACACAUAGCAACUACAAAAGUGUAGAUUCAGGGACAAAAUGUUAUAGUAAUGUCACAUAACACAUGUAAAUGUUUCUCUUUUUGCCUUGAAAGCUAUGCAAAACAGUUUACCAUUUAACUGCUUUGUGUCCUUGUUGUAACUUAAAUUAGAAAUCUGCCUAUGUAAAUUUUUUUUGUUCUUCGUAAGAUUUCAUGGACCCUUUGAGCAAAUGGAAGUGUAUAUAAAAUGCAUUAAUGCAAUAUAAUGCAAACUUAAUUUGCCAAAAAAGUUAUGUAGUGCCUCUAUGCAAUUGUAGCUAGUCAUUUGAGCUUCCCUUUGGUUAUUGGUUUAAAGAGCGAAACAUCGAAAUCCAACAUUUGCCUUAAAUAU